AUGAACGUGGAUAGUGUCGACUUUCCUUGGACCAAUCCUUCGAAUCCAGGGGAGGCAUAUCCCCUGUUCGGCACACUCUAUACUGAGCUCGGCAAUAAUCAUCACAAGGACCGUCUCGCAAUCUUGCAGGAGAGACUGAACCGAAAGAAGGAGAAUAUCUUCGACCUAGCCAACUCCUACUCCCCAGGAGUGUACACUGGUCUGAGUACUGACGAGCAGUGGAUGACUGUUAAGGAGAUAGGCCUCACGUUCAGCUACAUGAACGACGAUACCAUCUGGGGCAUGUGGUGCAAUACUUUCAAGGGUGUUUAUGACCGGCUAGAUCGCUUUGACAAAUGGUAUACAGUCGUCAAGGGCCCCGAUGAUCCAGAUGUCACUCUAGCUGAAGAGUGGGCCAAGUACAACCGCAUAGUCCUCGACUCUGCUGUCAGGAUCUACUGUGCAGAAUGGGACUGGACGUAUGAAAAGAGACGGUGA